GUAGAAUGGCCGGCAUUUAGCACACAUCACUGCAAUUACCAUUGUCUUUGACGGAUUUGUUUCAUCAUUUUGAGCAAAAAUGGCAGUCCAAUUCAUGAAGGCAUUGAACUAUGUCGGGCCAUUCACGGUCAAGGUGCAGGAGGUGGAGCGGCCUAAGCUGGAGCACCCCGAUGACAUUAUCGUCAAGGUUACCAGUGCAGCCAUCUGUGGUUCUGAUCUGCACAUGUACGAAGGAAGGACGGCGGCAGAGCCAGGCAUCACUUUUGGACACGAGAAUCUCGGUCUUGUCGAAGAACUCGGGGAAGGAGUCACCCUACUGAAGAAGGGCGACCGUGUGGUCAUGCCGUUCAACGUUGCGGAUGGUCGUUGUCGGAAUUGUGAGGAAGGGAAGACAGCGUUUUGCACGGGUGUAAAUCCUGGCUUUGCUGGUGGUGCAUACGGAUAUGUGGCUAUGGGACCUUACCGCGGAGGCCAGGCACAGUACCUGCGCGUUCCCUACGCUGAUUUCAAUGCCCUGAAGCUCCCCCCAGGAACCGAACACGAAGCGGACUUUAUUCUGCUGGCAGAUAUUUUCCCCACAGUAGGAUGGCACGGCAUUGAAAUAUCGGGUUUCCAGCCAGGUGACAGCGUAGCAGUCUUCGGGGCCGGCCCCGUUGGUCUCAUGGCAGCAUACUCCGCCCAGCUGCGCGGUGCAUCUCGCGUGUACGUAGUAGAUCGGGUCCCCGAACGACUGAGGGCAGCGGAACGGAUCGGUGCCACCCCCAUUGACUUUACCGCGGGCGAUGCCGUCGAUCAGAUCAUUGCACACAACGGAGAUUUGGUGGAUCGGUCCGUGGAUGCUGUUGGAUACCAAGCUGUCGGUAAAGAUAACUCGACCGAGCAACCGAACAUUGUGCUCGAGAACAUGAUUCGCGUGACUCGCGCGUGUGGUGGACUGGGUAUUCCCGGACUCUACGUUCCGAGUGACCCCGGUGCGGGUGAUGCGUCGGCUGCGAAGGGGAUGAUUAGCCUCAGCUUUGGCAAGCUCUUCGAGAAGGGGCUCUCCCUCGGCACGGGCCAGUGUAACGUCAAGGCCUACAACCGGCAGCUACGAGACCUGAUCAUUGCCGGCAAGGCGCGCCCCAGCUUCGUGGUGUCCCAUGAGAUUGGAAUUGAAGAGGCCGAGACUGCAUAUGACAAAUUCGACAAGCGCGUGGACGGCUAUACCAAGGUUAUCAUUCACCCCAAUGGCGGGUUCCCCAGCAAGCGGCUACCGGCGGGUUCCUCACUGUAG